UGUCACGUGACCCGAAAGACAUAGCAAGUCUGGGCCACUUCCAUCGACAUGCAUACCACUUCAGGUGAGGUUACUUACAGGCUGGGGACAUGUCAGAGACGCUCCUGUCACAACCUUAGAGCCGCUGCAAUGGUGCGUUCAUGGACAUCAGGUUUACUUCUGCUGCUUGUUUUGCUGUCGGCAGGAGUCCUCUCCUGCGCAGGCAGCAGUAAAUGUGUCGGCAGGGACUUUGGCUAUGGCUCUGUGGUGUGUGAGUGUAACUCUACCUACUGCGACAGUGUUGGCCCGGUCACUCUGCCCCCUCUGGGUCAGUACUCCACAUAUCUGAGCAGCAUGGCAGGCAGCAGGCUGGAGGUGGGUCAGGGUCAGGUCCAGGUGAACAGCUCUGGAGCAGCUCUCAGGUUGACGAUCAGAAGCGAACAGAAGUAUCAGAAGAUCAGGGGGUUCGGUGGAGCCAUGACCGAUGCAGCAGCCAUCAACAUCCUCUCACUUUCUGCUGGAGCGCAGGAGCAGCUGCUGCGACAGUACUUCUCCAGCGAAGGCAUCGGCUACAGCGUUGUGCGUGUCCCCAUGGCCAGCUGUGACUUCUCCACUCGCCUCUACACCUACGCCGACACACCCGGGGACUACAACCUGGACAGCUUCGCUUUGGCCUCAGAGGACACGGACAUGAAGAUCCCUCUUCUGCAGCGAGCCCAGGCCAUGUCUCCUCAGCCUCUGUCUCUCCUGGCCAGUGCCUGGAGCGCCCCCGCCUGGAUGAAAACUAACAAUGCCCUCACAGGAAAAGGCUCCCUGAAGGGCAAACCUGGAGGCAAGGAGCACAAAACAUGGGCUCAAUACUACAUCAGGUUCCUCCAGGAAUAUGCCAAAUAUAACUUAACCUUCUGGGCCCUGACUACAGGAAAUGAGCCCUCUGCAGGACUUCUAACAAACUAUAGCUUUCAGGCUCUGGGCUUCACUCCUUGGGAGCAGAAGGACUGGGUCGCUAUGGAUUUGGGCCCCGCAGUGCAUUCCUCAUCAUUCCCUCACACACACAUCCUCAUUCUGGAUGACAACCGUCUGCUGCUGCCCUUCUGGGCCAAAGUGGUUCUAGAUGACGUUCACGCCGGGCGCUAUGUUCAUGGUGUGGGAGUCCACUGGUACUAUGACAAUUUGGUCCCUGCAGCGAUAAGUCUGGGCGCCACCCAUAAGCUCUACCCAGAGUAUUACCUGUUCGGCACCGAGGCCUGUGCUGGCUGGAACCCACUAGACAGAGGAGUGAAGCUGGGGAGCUGGGCGAGGGCGGAGGCGUACGCACACGACAUCAUGGAGGACCUAAAUAACUAUGUUGUGGGUUGGACGGACUGGAACCUGGCGUUGGACCAGACCGGUGGACCAAACUGGGUCAAGAACUUUGUGGACAGCCCAGUCAUAGUGGACGUAACGAGUGACGUCUUUUACAAGCAGCCGACCUUCUACAGCAUGGCCCACUUCAGCAAGUUCCUGUGGGCGGGGUCACAGAGGGUCGGGGUGACGGCCAGCAAAGCCACGAGGCUGGAAUACACCGCUUUCGUCAGACCAGACGGAUCGGUGGUGCUCAUCGUACUCAACAGGUCCUCGUCCCCGAUCCAGCUGGAAGUCCAGGAUCCGACCGUGGGGAACAUUCCCUGCUCCGCUCCGGCUCACUCGCUGCUCACGCUGGCCUGGAACACACACUGAACAUUUCACAGCUGAAAACGGUCGAUUCUCCUCACCAAUGCUCACGAUUUCAGUUAGAAUAAACAAAAACAAACAAAAACCACUUCGUUCUCAUCAUAAACCUAAAAAAAUCAGCUGUUCUGAUAUUUAUCCACCCUCUACAUGAAUGUCAACCCACUGAAAACUGUUUCUAUACUAACGUUUGUGAAUGUCUGAUUUUUAUUUGUAAUUUAAUAUUUUUAAUUGUGAAUCUUUUUUCUAAUUAAACAAAUAAACACACUGCAGGCCAUCGGC